GACGACAUGGAACGGAACACACGGCGGCGCGUAAGACGCAGACGCUUCAUGAUUCCGCUCCGUUCUACAGUUCAUUGAACCACUAAAGCUCCUUCAAUCACUGGAACAGAGAGCCAAUUGUCAUUCAGGUCCAUGAUCUGUAGCCCUGGGCAACUCUAGAGCAGGAUGGUUAGAGUGCCAUAGUCAUAGUGAGGUUGUCCGCCUAAAACUAGAUCUGGUUCAGGACAUGCUGGAUGGCAGUUAAUGGCCAUGACUUGAGAGCCUUCUUCAAGUUCCUCUUGAAAUUCAUUGAUGGAGGCAUUUCUUGAAAUCUUAAAGAUAGUUGGAAAUUAUGUAGACUGCCACAGAAAACUUGAAGAAGAUCUGAAUGAGUUCAGAAGCGAAUUUCAGGUUUUAAAGAGGAGAAGAAUUGACGUUAAAUCAAGAAUACAAGCAGAGGUUCACUCGGGGCAAGUGGUCAAACAAGAAGUGAGGGGCUGGCUUAACGAUGUUCGAAAGAUCGAAAAAGACAAACAAGAUGUUGAAGAAAGGGCACGCAGAGUUCCAUACCUCAAACGUGCCAGUCUUGAUAAACUUGUGCGUGCAAAAGUUGAAGUGGUGAGGAGAACUCAAGAGAGGGGCAUUUUCAAUGAAGGCCUUGUGAUUGAGAGAGCUCCAGCUCGUGGACUCAUAAUUCCAACAGAGAAUUUAGUGGGUGAAAUUUCUACUAAAGAUGUAAUUUGGGAGUACUUGAUGGGUGAUGAGGUUGGAAUGAUUGGAGUUUGUGGGAUUGGUGGAGUUGGAAAGACUACGAUCAUGAAGAAUCUCUACAAUGAUUUACAGAGGGAGACUAGAUUUGAGAAAGUGAUCUGGGUUACUGUGUCACAUCCUCUCAAUGUUUUUGAAUUACAAAAGAAGAUUGCUGGUGCUAUGGGCGAAAGACUUCCAGAAGAUGAAGAAGUGAUGAUGAGAGCCGCAGCACUAAUGGAUAAAAUGAGAAGAGUAAAGUUUGUGCUAAUAUUAGAUGAUGUAUGGGAAAAGUUCUCUCUUAAGGAUGUUGGAAUUCCAGAGCCAAGGAUGAAAAAUGGGUGCAAAGUAGUUAUCACUAGUAGAUUAGCAGAUGUUUGCAGUUAUUUAGAUUGUAAGAUUGUUAAAGUGCAGCCUCUUUCACAAGAGGAGUCUUUAACUCUAUUCCUCAACAAGGUUGGACAUGAUGUUUUACAAAUUUCUGGGUUGGAAGAAAUCUUGAAGCUUAUUGUGAAUGAGUGUGCUGGUUUGCCACUCGCUAUUGUUGUAAUAGCAGGAAGCAUGAAAGGAGUGGACGAUAUUAUUGUGUGGAGAAAUGCCCUAACAGAGUUACAAGAAGGUGUUAAGAGUGUGAAAGGUUCAGAUGAUGAGAUAUUUUUGCGGUUAAAAUUUAGUUUUGACCGUCUAAAAAGUUUGGAAAUCCAAAAAUGUUUUCUAUAUUGCUCCUUGUUUCGAGAAGAUUUUGAGCUUUUUAGAAAGGAAUUGAUAGAAGAUUGGAUUGAUGAAGGACUGAUUGAUGAGUUGGGAAGUAGACAAGCAGCUUAUGAUAGGGGCCAUGCUAUUUUAAAUAGUCUUCAACAGAAUUUCUUGUUAGAGGAAUGUGUUGACUUCUUUCCUAGGGAUAGAGUUAAGAUGCAUGAUGUUGUGAGAGACAUGGCUAUCAACUGCAUUGGUCCUGGAUUUGGAUAUAUGGUAAAAGCUGGUAUGAAAUUGAUAGAGGUACCAAAUGAGAGAAAGUGGGUAAGAGAUCUUGAGAAGUUGUCAGAGAUUCCAAGUUCCGUUUUUGAAGAUAUGGUUAGCCUUAAGGUUCUUGAUCUUUCUAAAACUGGUAUUGAAGCUUUACCUGAUUCCAUCUCUAAUUUGGGGAAUCUUUCUGCAUUGCGGUUGAGGGAUUGCCGGCGGUUAUUGUACUUGCCUUCCUUAGUGGAGCUUAGGGCAUUGAAGAAGUUGGAUCUGCAUAGGGCAGGGAUUGAAGUGGUUCCUCAAGGCUUGGAGAUGUUGGUGAGUCUUGAAUAUCUUGAUUUAUUUUGUCGAAAUCUGAAAGAGAUUCCAGCGGGAAUACUGCCUAAACUUUUCAGUCUCCAGUACUUGGUUGUAUAUCUAAGUAGCGGAAUUACUAAAAGGAUAAAUUUAGAAAAUGUUGAUAGAUUGAGCAAGUUGGAAAGUUUGGCAUGUAGAAUGGAGGGCAUACAAGACUUCCACUAUCUUGUCAAUAAGUCUAAGGAUUUUGAAAGUCUUACGACUUAUGAUCUUCAACUGACAACAAAUAAACAAGACUUCACAGAAUAUAAAUUUAGUGAAGAAUAUCAACGUAAGGUUUUAAUUGUUGAGUGUGAGAUUGAAGAAGAAUGCAUAUUGCUUCCAGAUAAGCUUGAGUAUUUGUGGAUCAAACAUUGUAAAAACAUGAAAAACAUGAGAUGCAGCUUUAACAAAACAGUUCUGUUAGAAAAUGCAACUGAGUUGAGAAGGUGUUAUAUUGAUGAUUUUAAAGGGAUAGAGUGCAUGGUUGAGUUGGACUCAUCUUCCCUCUCAUCGUGUUAUUCAGUACUGGAUAAGCUUGAAGAGUUGACGCUUCAGCACUUACCUAACUUGAGUGUACUUGUGAGAGUGGAAGGAGUAGCAACACCAUCGCACAUCUUUUCCAAUCUUAAAAUUCUUGGAAUAAACAGUUGUUCAGGAAUGAGGAAGUUGUUUCCACUUGAGCUACUACAUGCCUUCCAAAACUUAGAGGAGAUUGGUGUUUACAACUGCGAACAAUUGGAGGAGAUAAUAGCAACAACAGAUUCAGAUGCAUCAUCUGAUAAAUUCACUUUUCCCAAGUUAAGGGAAUUGAAAUUGUUUUGUUUAAACCAAUUAACGAGCAUCUGCAGUGCAAAAGAAGUUAUGGUUUGUGAUUCUAUUGAAGUUAUUGAAAUAAUUAAAUGUCCAAAGUUAAAGAGGAUCCCUUUACAGCUUCCUCUCCUUGAUAAUGGCCAGCCAUCUCCUCCUCCUUGUCUCAGAGAAAUCAAGAUAGAUGAUGAGUCAAAAGAACGGUGGGGAUCAGUGGUGGAGUGGGAUCAUCCUAACGCUAAGAACAUACUCCAACCUUUCUUGGAAUUUAGUCCACCUCAUAAAUGGGGAUAAAUGUAAAUAAGUCAUGUGUGAGCCCAAUAACACGUGCCAAUAAAUCCCCUUCUUUCAGUACUCCACAACAGGAACAAACUAUCAACAAAGCCAAAAAUGUGUAUGCUGUGGGAACCUAUGUAGUGCGGAGGAGAUGAGAUUGAGAUUGAGAUGCAUCCACCCUUCAUCAUCUGCUCUCCUGUGCUAUCUCAUAAACUCCAACUAUGAUCUUUCUCAUGCAAAGGCAACUUCUCUAGUCGGAACAGCAAAGCAAAAGAAAACGGGACUGGACUCACCCAUUGCCAGUAGUCUUUGAUUUCAUUGACAACAAUGUUAGAUUUUCCCUUUUUUUUUUUACCAAUUUAUGUCUUUUUUUAAUUGUAUUGGAUGAACUUGGUUUUGUUUCUUUUGGUAAUUUGUAUAUGUUGUAAGAUGUUAAGCAUGAUAUGUAAUGGGAUUUCUACUCUUGUUUCUUUGGUGCUUCAUUGCUUCAUAUACUCAAUCUGUUAUCAAUUUGAAAUCUUAAAUUCUUGUAAUAUGUAACUUUCAUAUUUGCUUUGUUGACUUGACCACUGAAAAACACUU